CAAUUUCAACUAUUUUUCUAUUAACAAACGGCCAUUUUUGUCGACAUGCCUGAAAUAUUCCAUUUCUGUCAAAACCCCUGCGUUUCCGAGAGCCCAUAUUGUGCUUAGAACUAGAAUAAGCUUUUUCUCUAAUUUUCCUUUCUCGUUUUCGCCUCGCUUCCCGGUUUGGCUGCGUUAUUGUGAAGCAAAAUCUGCCGCGUUCUGUUACUCUCAGUGUAAUGGAGGAGCAAACCCUUUUCAGUAAAUUGAUGAUAAAUCUUCGUGCUACUUGCAAGUACUACACUGGCUACCCGAAGGAUCUUGGACCAUCAAAGGUUAUUCACUUUACCUCAGAGCGGGAGUUUGUCCAGCUUCUUCAUCGAGGACAUCCUGUGGUUGUUGCAUUCACUGUCAAGGGUAACUAUACAAGACAUCUUGACAAAGUAUUGGAGGAAGCUGCAGCUGAGUUUUAUCCGAAUGUAAAUUUUUUACGUGUUGAGUGCCCAAAGUAUCCUGGGUUUUGCAUAACACGGCAAAGGAAGGAAUAUCCUUUUGUAGAGAUAUUUCAUAGCCCAGAACAAGCACUUAAUCAGGGUAAGGCUGCAGAUCCAAAUAUAACAAGAUACUCUGUAAAAGUUUUACCGUUCAACUAUGAUCUCAGUGCAUAUGGAUUUAGAGAGUUUUUCAAGCGCCAUGGAAUUCAAUCAUCUGAUCCUCAGUGAAUUUUGUGGAAUGCACUGAGUUUCUAUUUUAUGGGAGCCGUAUAAAUUCUUCCAUUUCAACGGUGGCGGCAAGGAUUUGCAGAAACUGGUAAUUAGUGUUAAAUAUAGAUUAAACGUUGUUGAAGUUGCAUCAAGUGAGACAGCCAUAUUAAAGCUUCUCACUGUCAGU